CAGCCAUCCAGCCAUCCAGCCAUCCUCAUUCCACCCUCUCCACGUGAUACCCACGUGCAUCCCCCUUCCUUCCCUCUCACUACCUUCGUACACGCCACACCAUUCCACCUCUUUCUUCCAACUUUCUCUCUCCGGAAAACGAGAGUCGAGAGAGAGAGAGAGAGAGAGGGAGAGAGGGAGGGCUCAUAUGACGUAGAAAAGAGUCGCGAUGCACCCAUACAAUAGGAUACCCAGUAGCGGCCAAUCUACUCCGUCGCCACCGCCCUCGCCGCUUCGUUCUCCCCGCCUCCGCCGCUCCAAGCAGGGGAGGUUUGCCGCUGGCCAGCAGCCCGGUCGGACCUUCGCCCAACGUCUUGCUUGGCUCAUCCUAUCGGUACUCCUCCGUCGCCAGGGGAUUUUCCUCUUCGCUCCCCUCAUCUACAUCUCCGGCAUGUUGCUUUACAUGGGUACCGUCUCCUUCGACGUCGUUCCCGUCAUCAAGCACCGCCCGGCUCCCGGCUCUGUCUACCGGAGCCCGCAGGUUUACGCCAAGCUCCGCCCCGAAAUGGAUUCUGAUAAUUCGACCAGCGACACGAUAUCGACUGUAUGGAAACACUCUUACAAAAGCGGUGAGUGGCAACCGUGUGUAAACAGGUCCUCAGGAGGCUUACCCGAAUCAAAUGGCUACAUAUAUGUUGAGGCAAAUGGUGGCUUGAAUCAGCAGAGAACAUCGAUAGGCAAUGCAGUUGCUGUGGCGGGCUAUCUUAAUGCAACACUUAUAAUCCCCCAUUUUCAUUAUCAUAGCAUUUGGAGAGAUCCCAGCAAAUUUAAAGACAUUUACGAUGAAGAUUAUUUUAUUACUACAUUGGAAAAUGACGUACAGGUGGUCAACACAAUUCCUGAAUAUAUUAUGGAACGAUUUGACCACAAUAUGAGCAAUGUUUACAACUUCAGAAUAAAAGCAUGGUCAUCCAUUCAGUAUUAUAGGGAUGCAGUCCUCCCAAAGCUACUUGAAGAAAAGCUCAUAAGGAUUUCUCCUUUUGCGAAUCGAUUGUCAUUUGAUGCUCCUCCAGCAGUCCAACGGCUUAGAUGCUUGGCUAAUUAUGAAGCUUUAAGGUUUUCAAGUCCCAUAUUAACUUUGGGUGAAAGUUUGGUUGCAAGAAUGAAAAAACUGAGUGCAAACAACAGUGGCAAAUACAUUUCUGUGCACCUUCGGUUUGAGGAGGAUAUGGUUGCUUUCUCUUGUUGUGUAUUUGAUGGUGGAGAGGAAGAAAUACAAGACAUGAAUGCAGCAAGGGAAAGAGGUUGGAGGGGAAAGUUUACAAAACCUGGUCGGGUUAUACGACCUGGAGCAAUCAGGAUUAAUGGAAAAUGCCCUCUUACUCCUUUAGAGGUUGGCUUGAUGCUUAGAGGAAUGGGCUUUGAUAAAAGCACAUCUAUCUAUUUGGCAUCUGGAAAGAUAUACAAAUCUGAGAAAACUAUGGCUCCGCUCUUCGAGAUGUUUCCCCUUUUACAAACAAAAGAGAUGUUGGCAUCUGCUGAGGAACUUGCUCCGUUUAAGAACUAUUCUUCCAGGAUGGCUGCUAUAGACUACACUGUUUGUCUUCACAGUGAAGUAUUUGUGACAACUCAAGGUGGAAACUUCCCUCAUUUUCUAAUGGGCCACAGAAGGUACCUGUAUGGCGGACACUCCAAAACAGUUAGGCCGGACAAGCGAAAGUUAGCAUUACUGUUUGACAAUCCUAAUAUUGGGUAUGCAUCCAUCUCAUAUCUAUGGAAAUCCUUCAAGCGGCAAAUGUUGAAUAUGCGAGCUCAUAGUGAUGCCAAGGGAUUUGAGCUCAAAAGACCGAAUGAUUCCAUAUAUACAUUCCCAUGCCCAGAUUGCAUGUGCCGGAUGAAUAAAUCAGAAGAUUCAAGAUCAUCAUCAGCGACAUGAUUUGCAUAUAUAGAGACAAUGAUGGGUGAUUUUAGUUCCUUGUAAUUUUGUGAGCACAGAUAGCUGCUGACCCCCUUUUCUGAGUCGUCAUUCUUUCAUUUUUUUGAACCCUUUCAAUUUAGAGAGAGGGUGCACAGUUAAAUUUUUGGAGCUUGGAGAGUUUUGUUGGACAGAAGAGAUUGAUCUGAUUAUUUCCCGGGAUUGGUGAAGAAGGGGGAGUUGCAUCUUUUUGUAAAUGAUGCUGGAAGACAAUCACAAAACUGAAAUGUUUUCAUAGCUGGAGUUGCCCGGGCCUUGACCGAGCAUAUUUGAUUGGCUCAUAUUUCUUGUUGCAGCUGCUGUAUCUAACAAGCUGUGAUAUGACACACCACAUUCGUUAGCCAGUUGGUUUUGCCACGUUUUUGUACAUGAUUUUGAUUUUGAUUUGCAAGUGUAAGACAGGGAGAAAGGAAACGAACUUUUGUGUACAUUGUCAAAAUUAGGGUAUCGAUUUUCUUGUUUUGGGUUUCAUUUUUCAUUUCUUUUAUGUUAGGCUCACGCCUCUUCUGUAAGACAUGUGCACUGUAAUUUCCUUUGCAUUGUACUUGCCAAUAUUCAUUGGCAAUAGUAACUUCGGAUUUAG